UGCCCAAGGGGUCCACGACACAUAAAAAACGUCAAGGAGGGUGAGAGAAAAAGUUACUUGGGAAAUGGUGAUACAAAACCAAAGCAAAACAAAACAAAAAAAUUAUGAUGGCAUAAAAACAUUUUUUUUUAAAUUUGAGUGGAGUUUGUUUCUGGUAGAAAUUGGGGAAGAAGUCCCCCGCUCUUGAAGGGAUGCAGUAAAAUCUACAGCAAAUAAAAAUGCAGUAAUGCAGUCAUGACUAUAAACAAUAAUUUUUUUUUUAAGUCGUAGCAUCUUUCUCAGAAAGCUUUGAGCUUCAGCAGGAACGGGACGGAGACCAAGGCCACCUGAAAGUCGGGGAGCCCCUCCGAGCUGGGACUCCGUGCAAGACUCAGUGAGAAAGAACAUGAGAAAGGGCCAUGCCCUCGCACUCAACCCGCCCCCCACCCCCGCGGACCCUGCUGAGCCCUGGCAGCCUAGAGCCCUCGCACACGCGCACAGAGGCGCGCUCGAGCAUCCCGGCACCGGGACUCCGGCUAGGAGUAGAGAAGAGGUUCGAACAGGGCCGGGGCAUACGGGCUGGGACGGGGAAGGGAGUUACGAGCACCACCUUCUUCUGCCUCCCGGGUCCGCACGCCCACCGCGGGAGAGCGGUUCGCGGCUUCUGCCUCUGUUUGUCUCCCGUCGCUCCCGGACUCUUCGAGGGGGCCACAAGCACGGGGGACCAUGGCUUUCAUCCGCAGGAAGCCUCGGGAGCAGUAGCCUGCUCUGCUCCAAGGAGCGAGGGAUUAAGGCACCAUUGGAGCUGAUUGAAUCCAGAGUGACAUGGUCAGAUCUUCACUUUAUGAAAAUCAGCUGAUAACUGAUGGACUAGAGGAUGGACUAGAAUGGAGAGAGACUUGAAGAAGUGAGAUCAACCAGCAGGCUGUUGCAGUGGUUCUGGUCUGAGAUGCAAAAUAUACAGAGUACAGAAGGAGCUCAAUAUAGUUCCCACCCUCUGAUGGCAGCCAUGAGACCAAGAGUUCAGCCUCCAGAUGUUAGGCAGCCAGCAAUGAUAUGGCAUGGUCAGCUGACUACCACCACACUCAGUGCAGAGGUUGGAGUGAAUAUGGGGAGAAACAAUGUUUCCCAUAACUUACCAUCACCAUCUGGAAGCAAGUCUGCAACUCCAUCGCCAUCCAGCUCAGUCCAUGAAGAUGAAGGGGAUGAUACCACUAUGAUAACAUGUGGAAAGAAAUGGCCUGCUUCUGAUACGGGAAACAAACCAAAAAGUCACAAAAAGAAAAAGAAGGACUCUAAUGAGCCUGAGAAGCCUGUACCAUCCAAUGCACUAUUCUUCCGAGAUACCCAAGCAGCCAUCAAAGGCCAAAAUCCAAAUGCUACUUUUGGUGAAGUCUCUAACAUUGUGGCCUCAAUGUGGGAUGGUUUAGGAGAGGAGCAAAAACAGAGUUACAGCAAACCUGUUAAUGUUAAAACAUCCCAGCCUCUUCAGGGGAUUAAGUGUAAAAAGUCAGUGUUCCAUGAUUCCACCCACACUCAUUCAGUCUUCUCCCCAAGUUCCCACUCUCACCAACAGCCAAGAGUGAAGCGUCAAGUAACUGCCAUGCACCCUAUUCUUCCCAGGAACAUAGCACCAAAACCUGAUAAUCAAAUGCCAGCGACUGUCUCUGCAGCCAACGUGACAGUAUCGCCUCCUCAGCUUGUGGAAAUGAAAAUUGAUAUGCCACUUUACUUUUUCAAUUUACUACAUAUUAAUGAUCAAUCUACUAUGUAUUAUGUGGCUCCCUCAUUAUGUGAGUUUGAGCUCCCUUAAGCCUGUAACUUCAGUUCCCUACUCCACCUGACUUAAGCAUCACCAACCAAUCAUAGCACAAUGCCUGUCUCUUGACACUGGCCAGUCAAAACUCAUUCUCCAUCUCUGAAGUCCCAAGUUAUUUUUGUCUCCUACAUAUUGUUUGGAUUUCUGUAUACUCCCCUCAACUAUAAAAGAGCUGCUCUGUCAGUUGGAUCCUUGACUACUAAGGGCUUUGGAUCCCUUUUAUUGGCAAUAGCUAGCUUUGCUAAUAAAUUGAUUAUACUUGAAUCUCUGUGCCUCAGUUUCUCUUUAUCGCAGAUUUUUAUCUUGACAAGAGCCCACCUCUUCACCAUCAUCUCAAUAUACAGCAACACCAGGCAAUCACAAUGAGCAGCCAAUUGGAAACCAACUACCAAUGCAGGUCCAGUCUGCCUUACA